UUCGUUUGGACAACGCAACACUUGUUAGACCUAUUCCUUCUCUCCCCUCCCACCAUACACUAUUAACCCUAUUUUUUAAUUAAUCAAAGAGGUCACUCUACAAAAGUCUCCUCCUUCAGUUUCCUCUUUUCGUUUGAAAAAAAACUAAAAUUCUCUGCUAUGGCGAUUGAGAAUAACAACAAUGGAGUGAAUUUUUGUACGGUGAAGAGGCCGAAGACGAAGAUAGUAUGUACUUUGGGGCCAGCAUCUCGAUCGGUGCCGAUGAUCGAGAAGCUUCUACGGGCAGGCAUGAACGUGGCCCGAUUCAACUUUUCUCAUGGAUCUCACGACUAUCAUCAGGAGACUAUUGACAAUCUCCGUCAAGCUAUGGAGAGUACCGGUAUUCUCUGUGCCGUUAUGCUUGACACCAAGGGUCCAGAAAUUCGAACAGGGUUUUUAAAAGAUGCUAAGCCUGUUCAACUUAAACAGGGUCAGGAGAUCACAAUCUCAACUGAUUACAGCAUUAAAGGUGAUGAGAGUAUGAUAUGCAUGAGCUACAAAAAGUUAGCAGAGGACGUAAAGCCACAAAGUGUGAUCCUCUGUGCAGAUGGCACAAUCACCUUUACAGUUUUGUCUUGUGACAAAGAGAACGGUUUGGUACGAUGCCGCUGUGAGAACACUGCUGUUCUUGGUGAAAGAAAGAAUGUCAAUCUCCCGGGAGUAAUUGUGGAUCUGCCAACAUUGACAGAUAAAGACAAGGAUGACAUUUUAAACUGGGGAGUUCCGAAUCAUAUUGACAUGAUUGCGUUAUCUUUUGUUCGUAAGGGUUCAGAUCUCGUGGAGGUUCGGAAGCUGCUAGGUGAACAUGCAAAGAACAUUCUUCUGAUGUCUAAGGUUGAAAACCAGGAAGGUGUAGCGAAUUUUGAUGACAUUCUUCUCAACUCUGAUGCAUUUAUGGUGGCAAGAGGUGACCUGGGAAUGGAAAUUCCAAUUGAGAAGAUAUUUUUGGCUCAAAAGGUAAUGAUUUACAAGUGCAACAUCCAAGGGAAGCCUGUUGUCACAGCAACACAGAUGUUGGAGUCCAUGAUCAAAUCUCCAAGGCCAACUCGUGCAGAAGCAACAGAUGUUGCCAAUGCUGUUCUUGAUGGCACAGACUGUGUCAUGCUUAGUGGUGAAACAGCUGCUGGAGCUUACCCUGAUCUUGCAGUGGGUACCAUGGCUAAGAUUUGUAUUGAAGCAGAAAGCACAAUUGAUUAUCCAGAUGUUUUCAAAAGAAUUAUGUCAAAUGCCCCAGUUCCCAUGAGCCCAUUGGAGAGCCUUGCAUCUUCUGCUGUUCGAACCGCUAACUCUGCAAAAGCUGCUCUUAUCCUAGUGUUAACCAGGGGAGGAAGUACUGCAAAAUUGGUGGCCAAGUACAGACCUGGAAUGCCUAUAUUGUCGGUGGUUGUCCCCGAGAUCAAAACUGAUUCUUUUGAUUGGACUUGCAGUGACGAGUCUCCAGCAAGGCAUAGCCUUAUAUUCAGGGGAUUGGUUCCCGUUCUCCAUGCAGGAUCUGCUAGGGCUUCUCAUGAAGAGUCUACAGAAGAAGCACUGGACUUUGCUCUUCAACAUGCCAAAACAAAAGGGUUAUGCAAGCAAGGAGACUCCGUUGUAGCCCUACACCGUGUUGGAACUGCAUCUGUGAUCAAGAUUGUUACAGUCAAGUGAUAGAUGAACUUUGACGCGUGCUUUUUGGGUUUCUGUUGUUGCAAAAGGGUAACUGAUAAAUGUUUUUGCUUGUUUCACUGAAUCAUUUUCUGCCUUCUAGAGAAGGAACUUAUGACUAUACCUUAUAUUAUGUCUCUAUAUAACGCCUGGCUGUUUUUUGCUUUGGCUGGAGUUUCAUACCCUUUUAUCUUUUUAUGCAAUUUGUCUACAGACACAGAUAUGAUGCGAAAUAAAUUCCUUGUGCCUUCAAUUUA